AAAUCACCAACAAUGUCCGGCAUUUCUAGGGCGCGCCUGGCUGAAGAAAGAAAGCAGUGGCGCAAAGAUCAUCCUUAUGGUUUCUAUGCUAGACCAGUAAAGGCGCAGGACGGGUCCCUGAACCUCUUAGAGUGGGAAGUAGGCAUUCCUGGAAAGCAGAAUACGCCCUGGGAGGGAGGCACAUACAAACUCAUUGUGCUAUUUCCUGAAGAAUAUCCCACGAAACCACCCAAGUGCAAAUUCACCCCACCGUUGUUCCAUCCAAAUGUUUAUCCAUCUGGCACAGUGUGCCUGUCCAUUUUGGAUGAGGAAAAGUCAUGGAAACCAUCCAUCACCAUCAAGCAGAUACUGCUCGGCAUACAAGAUCUCCUGAACGAUCCCAACGCGAAUGAUCCGGCGCAAACAGAGGCGUAUACCCUCUUUAAGAAUGACAAAGUUGCAUAUGAGAAGCGAAUCCGCGCACAAGCACGCGAGAACAUCCCGCGGUAACAGUAGAGAGAUUGUUCUGUUUUCCACUUCUGGGCAAAGGUUCAUUUCGCUUUACUCUCGGAUCUUCAGUUGUUUCCCGCUACUUGUCG